AUGUGGUCUAUUGACACAGGCAGGCUUUGGAUAAUCGGGACGACGAGCCUGAUAAGUUUCAUCGCCUUCACUCCCCAGAUCUUCAUCAUCAUACCACUCUUCGACCAUCCAUCGACCAACCCGGACUGUCUGAGCCUACUCAUACCCUUCAACAUCCUCGUCGGCCUGCUUUUCAUCAAUUACUACCUCUGCAUUACUACCGAUCCCGGCAGAGUACCUAAAGAAUGGGAUCCUAUAGGGUUGAUCGAGAGUGAAGAGCACGAUCGAGCUAAGAUACUCUCGCUCGGCCAACUCAGAUUUUGUAGAGCUUGUAAAGUUUCUAAACCACCACGAGCUCACCAUUGUAGAACUUGUAAGAGAUGUGUACUCAAAAUGGAUCAUCACUGUCCAUGGGUGAAUAAUUGUGUAGGACAUCAUAACUAUGGCCAUUUUCUAAGAUUCCUAGGAUUUGUUGAUUUGGCGUGUUGGUAUCAUAUCUGGAUGAUCAGUAAACGAGUCUUUGGUGAAUUUGCUUAUGGGCCCGAACCAAGUAAGACGGAAAUGAUUAUCCUGGUGUUGAAUUAUGUGUCUUGUCUGCCGGUCAUCCUAGCCGUUGGAGUCUUUAGCCUUUACCAUCUCUGGGCCGUCCUCAGCAAUACCACGACGAUCGAAGGAUGGGAGAAAGAAAAGGCGAGAGAGUUGCGCAGGAAGGGCCGGAUCCAGCAGUUCACUUAUCCCUUUUCAAUAGGUAUUUAUCGUAAUCUACAAGUAGUACUAGGUCCCAAUCCGUUGUUAUGGUGGCUUCCUCAGCGGAUGUCAGGUGAUGGACUUCGAUACCCUACUCUGGCGACGAUUGAUCCGUUGGAACAAUACUUAUGGCCCCCACGAGACCUGUUCACCCGUCGAGCGCCCCAGUUGCGGAGGAGACAGUUCGAGAAGGAAGCGUUUACCUAUGGAGAGGAGCGACUGAAUCCGGAUCUUAUCCCGAGUGGGUCGAUGCGUGGUCAGUCAGUUCCGCAAGGGGUUCCACGACGGACGGUCUCGCCCUACCAUGCCGACUACGAUGUGGAGAGUGACGAGUCGGAAGAGUCAGACUCGGGUCGACUAGCCAACGGACAUGCCGUCGAUUUCUCGGCCUCUGAUGAGGAACCGUUGAGCACUCUUGUCGCCCGUCGAAAUCAGGCCUCGGGCGUUCCCAGUCAUCAGGCGGCCGUGAUGGCCAGGAGACCAUUGGUCAGACGCGGCAGUGAGGGGGUCGAGAUCAAGCCUGUUGGGCCCCAUUGGUCUCCGGCUGAAUUUUCUGCCGAUCCACUCGUCGAUCAGCCAACUCAUGAUGAUGAGCGUUGGCUCCAAGUUGAGGGUAGUGAAGGCUCAGAUGGCUGGGAUUGA